UUUAGCGUCACAGCCGCGGCCGUGGCUUCCGGGCUGGGCUUUUGAACAUGUCGCGCCAGCUGAGAACCUCCAGAUUUGACCCUCGUGCGGGAUUUCACACGGAGGGCAAGGACAGUGGCCCCUCAGUUCCGCAGGGCCUGCUGAAGGCAGCGAGGAGCAGCGGCCAGCUCAACUUGGCGGGAAGGAACCUCGAGGAAGUCCCUCAGUGUGUUUGGAGAAUAAACGUGGACAUUCCUGAGGAGGCUAAUCAGAAUCUUUCAUUCAGUUCUACUGAACGGUGGUGGGAGCAGACAGAUCUGACCAAGCUCAUCAUCUCCAGCAAUAAACUUCAGUCUCUCUCUGAUGACCUCCGACUCUUGCCUGCCCUCACUGUUCUUGAUGUACAUGAUAAUCAGCUGACAUCUCUUCCUUCAGCUAUAAGAGAGCUAGACAAUCUUCAGAAACUUAACAUCAGCCAUAACAAACUGAAAAUGCUUCCGGAAGAAAUUACAAGUUUAAAAAACCUGAAGGCACUUCACCUCCAACACAAUGAGCUGACGUGCAUACCUGAAGGCUUUGAGCACCUUUCCAGCUUAGAAGAUUUAGAUCUUUCAAACAAUCAUCUUGCAACUGUGCCUGCUGGUUUUGCUUUGCUGUCCAGUCUGCUGCGACUUAAUCUUUCCAGUAACCAGCUGAAGAGUUUGCCAGCAGAAAUAAGCAGAAUGAAAAGAUUAAAGCAUUUGGAUUGUGAUUCCAAUCUCCUCGAGACUGUGCCCCCUGAUGUGGGCAGCAUGGAAUCACUGGAAUUGCUUUAUUUGCGGAGGAAUAAAUUACGUGUUCUACCUGAAUUUCCUUCUUCUAGGCAACUAAAGGAAUUGUACCUAGGUGAAAACCAGAUCGAAAUGUUAGGGGCAGAGCAUCUUCAGCACUUGCAGGCCAUCCUUGUGCUGGACCUAAGGGGCAACAAACUGCGGUCUGUUCCUGAGGAAAUGGCCCUGUUGCAGUCUUUGGAAAGACUUGACUUGAGCAACAAUGAUAUUAGUAGUCUGCCCUGCUCAUUGGGAAACCUUCAUUUGAAAUUCCUGGCACUAGAAGGAAAUCCUUUAAGAACCAUUCGAAGAGAAAUUAUAGCUAAAGGAACUCAAGAAGUCCUAAAAUACCUGCGAAGCAAGAUCAAAGAUGAUGGGACUAGUCAAAGUGAUUCUGUUCCUAAGACUGCCAUGACGCUACCAAGUGAAUCCAGAGUCAAUGUCCAUGCUAUAGUCACACUAAAGCUGCUAGACUAUAGUGAUAAACAAGCAACCUUGAUUCCUGAUGACAUAUUUGAUGCCACAAAAAGCAAUAUCAUCACUUCCGUCAACUUCAGUAAGAAUCAGCUGUGUGAGAUUCCAAAAAGAAUUAUUGAGCUGAAGGAGAUGGUAUCAGAUGUCAACCUCAGUUUUAACAAGCUUUCCUUUGUAUCCCAAGAGUUAUGCUUGCUUCAGAAAUUGACAUUUUUAGAUUUAAGGAAUAAUUUUUUAAGUUCUUUGCCUGAAGAGAUGUCAUCACUGACAAAACUACAAACAAUCAAUCUUUCCUUUAACAGGUUCAAAGUGCUGCCUACAGUUCUAUAUCAUAUCCCCACAUUAGAAGCAGUUCUGAUAAGCAACAAUCAGGUUGGUUCUGUGGACCCUCAGAAGAUAAAGCUGAUGGAAAACCUGAGCACUCUGGACCUUCAAAACAACGACCUCCUGCAAAUUCCUCCAGAGCUUGGGAACUGUGUACAGCUAAGAACACUACUGCUAGAUGGAAAUCCAUUCCGAGUUCCUCGAGCAGCCAUAUUAAUGAAAGGCACAGCUGCUGUGCUGGAGUAUUUGAGAGAUCGAAUUCCUGCCUGAGUACAGCUGGCAUCUUAUUCUGGACUGGACAGAGUCAGCCUCCAAUGACUGCUGUAUUCCAGGUGUCACUAUAUUCAUUCCCACUAAGUGUUUACAGUUUGUGAAGUGCUGUGAACAUUCAAAAUGAUGUUAACUGCAACACAUCUUAAAUGUUUUGCAAAUUCAUCCCUUAUGACAUUGCAAGAACUUUUUAUUUCAUGAAAUUUAUUAUUUCCUAAUGAUAAGGCAACCAUCUUUAGAUCUGAGUUUCUCCUGGUUUUUUUUUUAUUCCAUAUAAUGUGAACUGAGCUAGGUGUAUUAGGUAUAAGUCAGCAAAUUUUUAUUAAAUAUUAUUCUUUGGUAUUUAAAAGAAAAUGAGACUUUUCAUUGCCCAGGAUAGGACUUGCUGUGUGGUCAGUGUCAAUGCAUGUUUAUGUUUAGGGUUUUGGUUGUGACUUUUGAUUUUUUUAAACUUCAUAUAGGUGUGGGUGUCCUUUGUUCUGACCUGGUACAUCUUCCUGUUUCCAACACCGUGAGUCUAAAAUCUGCUUACAGCCUGAUUAAAGUUAGACUGGCAGUUUUACAGUAAUUUCUAAAAGGGAAUUAGUUAUAAGCAAGCUUGAUUUAAUAAAAACCAAAUAUAAACAUUGUUGUUUACAUUGAAAUUAUCAAAAGCAGGUUUAUGAGCCAUCCUCGCUCACCAUAUGAUUGUGUCAAGAAGCCAGUUCAAUAGUAGCAUGUGUCAGCGGGCGGAGGUAGAGAACUUGCAGGUGAUUGAGGCUGUUGAUGUUAGGAAAAGUCAGUGCUAAUAAAGAUACAUGCUUCAUGUUCAUAAUAAAAGUUACAUUUUUAAGAUA